CCGGCGGGGUGGGGGCGGUCACAUCUUCCCGCCGCCCAAUCCCUGGCCGUGGCCGUGGCCUCAUGAAUAAGCAACAAAGCGAAGCGCCCUCCCCCUGGCGUCCCAGACGGUGGGGGGAGCCGCGGCCGCUGCAGGGGCCACCGCGGGGAUGCCGAGCGCGGGCGCCGCCGCACUCUGCGCGCUGCUGGGCUGAAGGCGCACAGGGCUUCAUCUCUGGAAUUGUCACCAUUGCCAAUUUGUGUGUGCAUUGCUCUUCCACUAUGAACAGACCUGCUUGGUUGCACAUUUGUCUGGCUUUCUGUAGCCUUCUCCUUCUCAACAUAGCCACACCAUGUCUGGCUUUCCCCAAGAUAGCACAAAGGGAUCUAGCACAUGGUCAUGCAGAAAAAAGACAGUCAGAGAGCAUGAUCACAGAUGAACCUGAAAAUAGCUCUGUUACAUCACAGGACUCUCCCCAAUUAGUGGUCACUGAAGAUCUAGAGAAAGUAUUAGCAGAACCAUCAGCAGCAUCAUUGCAUAAAGCCCUGCCUGUUGGAGCUGGGCUUAUGCAGCCAACUAACCCCAGUGUUAACCCUGCUACUGAACCGGUGAUCCCAGUCGAAGUGUUUGCUUCCAGCCAUCCAUUAAGAACAUCUCCUGAGAACAGAUUUUCCAAAGCCUUGUUAUCUAGCCCGACCACUGCAACUGCUUCUCUGAAUAUUGACAAGAAGGAGGUACCCUUCAGUUCUACCAGCAUUCAACCUCUUGUCAAAGGGACCACAGAAGCAACUCAAGGAUUUCUGAACUCUGUGCAUUAUCAGACGUUUGCAACCGAAAGUCAGGAAGAAAUUAGUCUAGGACAUUCACCUGCAUCUUACAUGAUUACUAAGGAAAUGCUAACUACGAAGCUGCAGACUCAGAAACCUGAAGCAGACACAGAAUCCAGGACAUCUUUUCCCAGUGCUGAACCCAUGACAGGUGCUGAGCCUGGGAGCCUCAUGCCAGAUUUGGAGGAACCUUUGCAGAUGACAGCUGAUGAUACCCAGUCUCCUGCCCCCAAGUUCCGACUUGCAACCUCUGAGUAUACCCUGAGUGCUGAACUCGAAACUGACAGCCUGCUGGGAGCCUUGAAAGUCACUGUGAGUGUCAGCACAGCUGUUCCAGCUGCCUCUGUCAUAAGUGAUGAGUGGGAUGACACCAAAUUAGAGCCUGCAAGCCAGAUAAAGACCCCAAAGCUGGGAGACAAUGCAGAGACUCAGGGGGAAAUGGAAGCUUCUCAGACAGCACAACAGACUGACAAUGGCAUGGAAAGGGAUGACCCUCUAACAGAGGUAGCAGAGGUGUCUGUGGGGCAGCCUGAAGGGGAAACACAAACAGGGCUAGCCCUGCUGAUGGUGCAGGGGAAGGAGGGGUCCCCUACCUUCACUCACCAAAGCUCCUUCACGCCUACAAGUUUUAUGGAAGAUUUGAAAGUUUCUGCUGUAAACUCCUUCCAAAAUACUGGAGACAUCACAGACUCCACCAAGGAAAACAAUUCCAUGGUUUUCUUGGAGACCACUGUGUCCAUUUCAGACUAUACAUCUGAGACAUAUCAACCACUGAGAAGUGCAUUUCAGGAUACCAUCACUCAAGAGAUGACAACAGCUGUUCAAGUAGAAGAAGCUACCUUAUCAUCAGUGACAGAAGAGCAGCAGGUUUCUACCCAGGAGACUGCAGGAGAAAAUGGUGAGACAGAGGAGGGCAAGAAGUCCCUCUGGCUCACGUCUGCUGUUCCUGGGGGUACCCAGCUGUCCAGCGAAGGGGAGCAUCUCACCAUGACAGUCUCACCGACAACCGUCUCUCCAUCUUUCCAUGUUACUCCUGCUGCAGAAGAUGUAACAGACACAGUCACCAGACCAAGUGAGGAAUUCUUCACACCAGUUCUGGACUUUCCAGGGACACCCCCUGGGAUAACAGAGGAGCCACCCAGCAUUUUCCCAGCACUUCUUGAUUCUGAGGCCUCUUUUGAGACAAGAACCAUCCUUCCAUCCAUCCACCAUGUGAAUACAGCUGCCUCCUAUAGCCUGGACCAGCUCGAAUCUGAAGAAGGAGAAGAUGAGGAUGAAGAGGAUGAGGAGGAGGAGGAUGAAGAUGAGGAAGAUGAGGAGGACGAUGAGGAAGAUAAAGAUGCAGACUCACUGGAUGAGGGCCUGGACAGUGAUGGGGAGUUUCCUGGAUUUACACUACCCGGUCUUACCUCUCAGGAACCAAGCCUCGAGCAGAGACAUGCCAACCCAGUGGAGGGAGUCACUUACCAGAUGCCGGACAGCCUCCAGUGGGAGCAGCAGAAUCAGGGACUGGUGAGAAGUUGGAUGGAAAAACUAAAAGACAAGGCUGGGUACAUGUCUGGGAUGCUGGUGCCUGUAGGGGUUGGGAUAGCAGGAGCCUUGUUUAUCUUGGGAGCGCUCUACAGCAUUAAAGUUAUGAAUCGCCGAAGGAGGAAUGGCUUCAAAAGGCAUAAAAGAAAGCAGCGAGAAUUCAACAGCAUGCAAGAUCGAGUGAUGCUCUUAGCUGACAGCUCUGAAGAUGAAUUUUGAAAUGGACUGCAGUUUAAUUGGGAUAUACAAUGACAACAUUUUAUUUUUUAUUUGGGGGCAAAAAGGAAAAAAGAUCAACAUCCUACCACAUUGCUACUAUCAGUCCCAUUAUCUGCUGGAUAGUCAAUUUUUCUUAUACUGAGCAGAAAAGGCAUGCUGUAUACUAAAUGUAGUACACAGUGUUUGUUUUUAUUCUGUAGUGAAUUUUCCACAAUCACGGGCUACAGCUCAUAAGUAUGCAGCAUAUGUAUUAUUCAGUAGGACCUGCUAGAUUCAGUAGAUUAAAUAUUUUGUAUUUUUCCA